UUUAUUUCGGUUCUUUGCCGUGUUGUUUAGGCGAAGAGCGCCAGAAUGAAGUACAAUAAGCAGGUGACCUCGUCGAGGAGGAAAAACAGGAAGCGCCAUUUCAGCGCUCCUUCCCACAUUAGACGAGUGUUGAUGUCCGCUCCUCUGUCAAAGGAACUUAGGCAGAAGUUCAAUGUGAAAUCUAUGCCUAUCCGCAAAGACGACGAAGUUCAGGUUGUUAGAGGACACUACAAAGGCCAGCAAGUCGGUAAAGUAGUUCAAGUGUACCGUAAGAAGUUUGUUGUCUAUAUUGAGAGGAUCCAGCGCGAGAAGGCUAAUGGUGCCAGUGCAUACGUGGGUAUCCACCCUUCAAAGUGUGUGAUUGUAAAAUUAAAGAUGAACAAGGACCGUAAAGCCAUCCUUGACCGCAGAGCGAAGGGCAGACUAGCAGCCCUGGGCAAGGACAAAGGCAAAUACACUGAAGAGACCGCCACAGCAAUGGAAGCCUCGUAAACAUCUAGGUUUUAAGACUAAUAA